CUCAUCUUUUGUUUAUCUGUGUUGAUCUCUGGACGUCCCGCCGGUGCGCACUCUUUCUUUUUCUUUUCCUUUUUCAUCCUGGGGUGUCUGCCAAUCUGCCUCACCAUUAUCAGCUACGCUACAGCUACAGCUACAGCAGCUACACUGACUACCACUGUACGAAUCCGAAGUCCAUCAACGAAUCAAACGAAUUACCCCGAUCACACACACACACACACACAUAAAACCACAUAAUCAACCUACUCCACGCGAACCACAUCCAUCUAUCCAUAAAACCACCACCUUCAAUCCACUACACUUACCAAACCCACCACCACCACAACAACCAAAAUGUCCAGCAUAGACAUCUACAACCCCCUCCCCCUCCACCUGGACCCAACCUCCAAAGCCAUCACCCUCAGCCAUCCCUCCACAUCCACCCUACAAUCCGAACUCACCACCCUAAACACCCUCCACCGCGCCCUCCUCGAAACCCCCAACCAAAUCCCUCCCCCGCCCCUCCCCAUCAACCCCAAGCGCAGCGCCCAAAUCACCAAACUCCGAGACAGUGCCAACGCCGCCUACCGCAAGAACCACUUCGCCGACGCCGCCCGGCUGUACGGGUACGCGAUCGACAUGGCGCUGGGCCGGCCCGGGUGGGAGCCCGUGACGCUGGCGCGCGACGAGCUGGCGGGCCUGUACGCGAACCGGGCGCAGGCGUGGAUGAGCCAGCGGCUGUGGGUGGAGGGGCUGGUGGAUGCGCGGUGCAGUGUCGAGAGUAAGGCGGUGGGCAAUGUGAAGGCGUGGUGGCGCGGGGGCAAGUGUUUGGUUGAGAUGGGCCGGUGGGAGGAGGCAAGGCGGUUUGUGGAGCGGGGGCUGGAGAUUGAGGGAAGGGAGA